AAACAUCAAAUGAUGAUGAGAGAAAUAAUCCUUCUCCUCCUCUUCUGUUCCUUGAUCGAAUCAUCAGCUUCAAAGAACACCAUUAAAGAUCAUCUUCAGAGGGGUUCCUCUCUAUCUGUUAAUGAUGAUUCCAACGUGAUAAGGUCCCCAGACAACACUUACACCUGUGGCUUCUAUGGCUUCCAAAGCAAUGCUUAUUGGUUCGCAAUUUGGUUCACAAACUCCAAAGAGCGCACAGUGGUCUGGACUGCCAACCGCAACACACCUGUGAAUGGCCGUGGAUCAAAGCUGACAUUUAGGAAAAACGGAGCCAUGGUUUUGACAGAUGUGGAUGGCAUGGUCGUGUGGGAAACAAACACAACCUCCACAGAUGUAAAUAGAGCAGUGCUGCUGAAUACAGAAAUAUCAAGUGUCUACUGGCCUAGUCCUGAUCCUGGUUUUAAUGUUUGGAAGUUUGGAAGAACCUCGUAUAACAGCAGCAGAAUGGCCGUUUUUAACGAUGUGGGUGCAUUUAACUCGAGCGAUUGGUGGCACUUUAGUGCUUCAGAUAUGGGUUUGGGGAUUAAAAGGAGGCUAGUAAUGGACUACGAUGGUAAUCUCAGAAUUUAUAGCUUGAACGAGUCAACUGGUUUAUGGUCGAUUUCAUGGCAAGCUAUUGCACAGCCUUGUAAUAUCCAUGGAAUCUGUGGGAGAAACGGGAUUUGUGUUCAUGGAGUACCACCGGAAUGUUCAUGUCCACCUGGUCAUAAAUGGACUGACCCUAAUGAUUUUAGUCAGGGUUGUAAGCCUACUUUCGAUCGAACAUGUGUAAGUGUAAACUCAACAAAGUUUGGAUUUUUGGAACUGCGGAAUACAGAUUACUAUGGGUUUGAUCUAAAUUUUUCUACACCCAUUUCGUUCGAAGCUUGUAGGGACAUCUGUUUGGGAGAUUGUAGAUGUGAAGCAUUUAAUUACAGGCUAACAGGUGAAGCUUUUUGCUUUACAAAAAGUGCUCUUUUCAAUGGCUAUAGAUAUCCUACUUUCCCAGGAACCAUUUAUUUGAAAGUACCAAUUGGCAUGGAAACAACAGAUUCUGCCUUACUCCUUGCUACUUCUAUGGCCACAUGUCCCGAGGUAACAGUUAUGGUGGGUUCUCCAUCUAUGUAUCAAUCAUCUGGCAAAAAGGUGAAAUGGGUUUAUCCUUUCUCCUUCGUUAUAGGUAUUGGUGUGGUUGAAGCUUUGGUUAUCUUUUUAGGGUGGUGGAUUUUCUUUAAGAAAAAUGCCAUCCUAACCAACUUAGAAGAGGGGUAUCGUAUGGAAGGAGAAAAGGAGGAAUCGGAGCUUAUGAGGUUUGUAAGGAUAACGAAAACGAAGCUUCAAGGAGAAGAAAUGGAGUCAUGGAUUGAAGAGAUAAUUGAUUCGAGGUUGGGAGGAUUGUUUAGUAGGAAGCAAGCUGUAAAACUUGUUGAGUUUGGUGUAAGUUGUGUGGAGGAAGACAGAAAUAAAAGGCCUACAAUGGGUUCAGUUGUACAAGUUCUAAUUGAUUGUGAUCAGUCAGAGUAG